AUGACGACCAGCAAAACGAUUGAUACUGACAUCCUCAUUGUAGGCGGAGGAUUCGGUGGUGUGUACGCAGUAUGGCGAUUACGGGCUGAAGGUUUCAAAAUCCAUCUGUUCGAAGGCACUCAACGGCUAGGCGGUGUAUGGAGUAACAACACCUAUCCCGGAGCUCGAGUCGACUCGGAGUUUCCCUUUUAUCAGCUUUCGAUCCCGGACGUAUACAAAACAUGGACCUGGUCCGAACGAUUCCCGGGGUGGCAGGAAUUGCAAAGAUACUUCGACCAUGUUGACAAAGUUCUAAACAUUGGCAAGGAUUCCACGUUCAAUGCACUGGUAAACAAGGCCACCUUCGAUACCGAGCUCGGUCGCUGGACAGUGCAGACUGAACAAGGCCACGUGGCUACCUGCAAGCACCUCCUGCUGUGUACGGGCUCGACUUACAAGCAACAUAUGCCAACAUGGGAGGGCCUCGAACAAUAUACUGGAAUGUUAUUACACUCCAGCAAGUGGCCGAAGGAAGGCGUGAACGCACAUGGCAAACGAGUUGCAGUUGUUGGAAGUGGCUCGACAGCUCUGCAGAUCGUGCCAGAGAUGGCAAGGAAAGCUAAACAGCUCGUGGCAUUAAUCCGUACGCCAAACAUGGCACUUCCUAUGAGACAGCGGAAACUCUCUUUGGAGGAGCAGGAUUCGCUGAAGGGUUAUUUGAACAGCGUGCUGAGGACCGCUGCUCGGAAUUCAUUUAGCGGAUUCCCAUACAACCCACCACCUGCUCCAUCCCCGCAGAUGCUAUCGGAAGAGGAAAGAGAGAAGUUUCUUGAAGAGCUGUAUCAACGCGGCGGCUUCAACUUUGCAGGUGGAAACUUUUCCUCUGCUUUGGUCGAUCGCAAAGACAACCGCAUGGUAUACGACUAUUGGGCCCGGAAAACGCGUGCCCGUAUUCAGGACCCAAAGAAGCGAGAUAUUCUCGCGCCUCUCGAGCCACCACAUCCCAUCAUAGCGAAACGGAAUGGUCUUGAGCAGGAUUACUACGAGGUAUGCGAUCAGGAUCAUGUCAGAAUUGUGGAUCUGAAAGCGACGCCUAUUGAGACCUUUACAAAGGCAGGCCUGCAAGUUGGAGGGGAAGAGAUACCACUUGAUAUCAUCGUUCUGGCGACAGGCUUCGACAACUACACAGGCGCAUUCUCUACGAUGGGCAUCGAAGGAACUGAUGGAAAGACAUUGAUGGAUCGGUGGAAGGAUGGUGUUCGAACGCAUCUGGGUUUGAUGGCUCCUCGUCAUCCUAAUAUGUGGAUGAUAUACGGGCCUCAAGCGCCCACUGCAUUAGGUAACGGACCAACGAUACUUGAGGUUCAGGUUGACAUUGUUGUGGACAUGAUUAAAAAGGUGCGGGAUGAAAAGAUCAGGUAUCUCGAUGCCACCCUUGAAGCGGCACAAGCGUGGGCAGAUGAUAUCGCAGCAACGAGCAAGUUCUUGGUGUUAGAGGAUGCGGACAGCUGGUAUAUGGGCGCAAACAUUCCUGGGAAGAAGAGAGAGAUGUUGAACUAUCUGAAAGGCUUGGUCGAGUAUGACAGGUCGUGCAGGGCCGCAAUGCCGGACUGGGAAGGGUUUGUUGUUGAGAAAUAA